CUGGAAAUGCUAUCUUACAUCCUGUGCUCAUCCCCGAUCCAUAGAUGUUGUCACAAUGGCAACCACCUUGUUUCCACGGAAACAGGAGUUCUCGUUUGAAGCAGCGACAUUUAUAGGACACUUUGCCAAGCAUUUUGGAUGCCAAAAGCCAACAAAUAUACAUAAAGGAAAUCAAGAAGGUAUUUGAGACAUCUGAGUCCUUCAGACCGAUUCGGCAACUUAUCUGACUGUCUAUGGGGACCCCCGGCAGGCCUACCCAGGAGAAUAACCUGAAUGAGGCACUUUCCAGCGACGAAUCAGAUUUUGAAUACAUUCACGAGUCUGAAGUGACAAAACCGACAGAAACUAAAGGGAAAGUUAAAGAAGAGCAGGAUGACCCAGUUCUUAUCGGCAUUAGCCAGAUUUUCGGGGCGGACAGCAUCAAGCAGCUUUGCCAGCAUCUGCCCCCGAGGGUUCUGGGACACAGCUGGAAGCUGCUCUAUAGCACAGACAAGGAUGGCUUCAGCCUGAGGACCAUGUAUCGAACCAUGAACAACGUCAGCUCUCCCGUGCUACUGAUCGUCAAGGAUAACGAGGGGCGGGUUUUUGGUGCUUAUUCUACAAUCGAACUCCACAUCAGCAAUACUUUCUAUGGGACAGGGGAGACUUUCCUGUUCAGCUUCACACCAGAACUAAAGGUUUUCCGAUGGACGGGUGACAAUUCAUUCUUUGUAAGAGGUGAUGCAGACGCCAUAACAUUUGGAGGAGGAAAGACUGGAAGCAUCGGCCUAUGGCUGGAUGGGGAUCUGUACCAUGGAAGGAGCCAGCGCUGUGAAACCUUCAAUAACCAGAUCCUGUCCAGCCACGAGCAGUUCUACAUACACGGUCUGGAGGUCUGGGCCUUCACCUGAUUUGUCCCCUUUUCUCUCGUGCCCAGGACUCAUGGGCCUCUUCUCUGCUGGCGGAGAAUAUGCAGUGCCGGCCAUUGGCUUAUGGCAGUGUUGCAAAACUCUGGACUGUGCAUAGAUUUUCAAGGAAAAAGACGUAACUGUAACAACCAGCUUUUCACUUGAUAAGUUGGCAUGUACCAUCUGUCUAUUUUGUUUCCUUUCCAGGGUCAGACUGGGGUGUGUGGAGCCCUCCAUCACCCUUAGGGGCCCCAGCUGCCCAUCCAACCCCUCCAUCCCCAAGCAGGUGUACAUUAUACUUCUCUUUGGUGCGAUCGGGGCAGGGAGAUCAAUGGGGGAGGGCCGGCAGGUAUUGGGUCUGGUCUGACCCUGUUUCUUUCUGAUCUUUAGAUAUUUAUGAAUGGCCAGGAUGCUCACAAAUAACCUUUAUAGAAGCUUCUUCAUUGUAUGUUUAUUGUGUGUUAUCCUGUACGGUAUACAGUAUAAAGGGGGUAAUGGGGGGUAAACAAAAAAGACCACUAUAUAUGAUGGGGUGGGGCUAUUUAUUUAAAAUAACAAGGGGAAAUUAAAGAAGAUCAACUCCCAAAAGAUGUUUUUUUGCGUAAUAAAUGAAAAUGUCAUUCAAAGCAACUAAACAAUAUAUAUUCAUUACAUGGGCUCUUUUUUUCAUAAAUCUAAUUGUGGUUGGAAACAUUAUCUGCCAGUGCAUAGUUUCUGCCCUGCAGGUUCUGACUGCUGAAACAAUGUAGCAGAAACCAGCUGAUGAAAGCACUUGGAGGAAAACUAACUCAGAACCAGCGAGCACAUACAGGCCAUACAAACACAGCUUUCAGUUCCAAUUACACUUUUACCUUUUUGUAGUUUGUGGCAUCUGUUCUUACCCAAACUUCAUAAUGGAUAACCUGCAAUAAAGCUUGAAAUGAAGAAAAUUCUAAA